AUGGCGACCGGUCUUUUCGCCUCUCUGCCAAAGCCGAAAUACACCGGCGAACAUGAAGAAGUCCCGGUCCAUGCGCAGCCGAAAGGUCCUAGAAUCGUCGGGCCUGGAGUGAUUGAUGAAUCUCAGAUAGUGCUGAAGCGUGCCGGCCCUCCUCCAUAUGGACAACGGUCAGGAUGGCGACCUCGAUCCGCAGAAGAUUUCGGCGAUGGCGGCGCCUUUCCAGAAAUACCUGUGGCCCAGUAUCCUCUGGAUAUGGGUCGAAAAGGCACGGCCUCUACUUCCAACGCCCUCGCCAUCCAAGUCGAUGCUGAAGGGAAAGUCAAAUACGAUGCCAUUGCGCGUCAGGGCCACAGUGAAAGCCGGAUCGUACAUUCAAGUUUUAAAGAUUUAAUACCGCUUCGACAGCGUGCAGAUGCAGGAGAUCUCAAUCUGGACCGACCGAGUGAAGAGGAAGUUCAAGCCACAGCGGAAAAGACGCGGUUGGCCUUGGAAAAGCUGGUGUCUGGCGCAGUGGCAGCACAGAAACCCAAGAACGUGAAGGGCGCGUCGAGAGAAGAGCCUACCUAUGUGCGAUAUACCCCAGCGAACCAAAUGGGCGACAACAGCAAGAAGAACGAUCGGAUCUUCAAGAUCGUGAAGCGACAAGAAGAUCCCAUGGAACCACCUAAAUUUAAACACAAGAAGAUCCCCCGAGGCCCUCCCAGUCCACCACCGCCGGUAAUGCAUUCGCCGCCGCGGAAAUUGACAGCCGAAGAUCAAGAAGCGUGGAAGAUUCCUCCCCCUAUUUCGAACUGGAAGAAUCCUAAGGGAUAUACCGUGCCGCUGGAUAAACGGUUGGCAGCGGACGGACGAGGACUCCAGGAUGUCACGAUCAACGACAAGUUUGCACAAUUUGCAGAAGCGCUGUUCACGGCAGACCGACAUGCAAGAGAAGAGGUCAAACUCCGAGCGCAGAUGCAACAGAAGCUGGCCGAAAAGGAAAAGAUGGCCAAGGAAGAACAUCUGCGGGAGAUGGCGCGCAAAGCCAGAGAAGAGAGACAGGCAGCUGCUGGGCGACGAAGAGAUUCAGACUCUCAGUCUCGACGGCGGUCACGGUCUUAUUCUGGAUCAUCGUACGAUUCGAAACCUCGAAGCGACGACAGUGAAGAUGAGGCGGCCAAGGAGAGAGAACGCGCACGACGAGAACGAAGAGCGGAGAACGAGCGACAACUGCGACAGAGCAGGAUGGGCGCGGAGAAACGCAUUCAGAUGAUGGCCCGAGAGCAGAACAGAGAUAUCUCCGAGAAAGUGGCGUUGGGGUUGGCGAAGCCGACUCAAAACAAAGAGACCAUGUAUGACUCGAGACUGUUCAACCAGACUUCGGGGUUCGACACGGGAUUCAACGAGGACCAACACUACGACAAACCUCUGUUUGCGGCGCAUGAUGCGAUCAACAGCAUUUACCGGCCCUCUGCGAACCAGGACGACGAUGAAGAAGACGCGGCCGACAAUGCGAUGGGCAAGAUCCAGAAAUCCAAUCGCUUUGAAGUCCUCGGCAAAGCCAGCCAAGGGUUUAAAGGGGCUGAUCUGGCUGAGAGAGAGGCCGGGCCUGUCCAGUUCGAAAAGGACAAGGAUGAUCCGUUCGGCAUUGACACUCUGAUUGGCGAGGCUUCGGCCCGGAAUGGUGGCGAGGGUAGUAAGAAGCGAUAUGGUCUGGAGGAAGCCGGACCAAGUGAUAGGGAGAAGAAGAGGGCGAGAGUCGAUGAGGACGAUUGA